CCCCAUUUUCUCUCUUUGUCUCUCUCUGCUGUUCCUCAGAUCCCCUCACCCCCUGCUUCCGCUUCUCGCUUCUGCUUCUUCCCUCUCCCCCACACCCCUAAACCUCUCGCGCUCGCUAAGGGUUUUCGGUACCCCUUCCCCCCUGCGCUUCCUCCGGCGACUCCUCGCCAUGGCCUCCGGAGCCCUAGAGGCCGCAAAACCCGAAGGGGCGGCGGCUCCUCCCCCCGUCAAGGGCAAGGAGGAGCUCCCCGAGAAAUUAGAGGUGGAGGAGGCGGAGCAAGAGGACCGAGAGACCGCCGCUCCGGAGGAGGAGGCCGAGGCUUCCGACGAGGAGGCUCUGCUGGUCGCCGCCGAGGCCCCGCCGGCUGCGUCGCCUCCGAGAGGCCAUGCCCGUGAUGUCCAUAUCCUGAGUUGUGGGUUCCUGCUCAUCUUCUCGGCCUACGGUGCUGCUCAGAAUCUCGAGAGCACCGUGAACAUCGCAGAUAAUUUGGGCACGACCUCGCUUGGGAUACUGUACGUGUCCUUCAUAUUCUUCUCCGUGGUGGCUUCUCAGGUGGUUCGUUCAUUGGGUCCCAAAAAUGCUAUUCUUCUUGGGACUACUGGGUUAAUAACUCCUUGGCUGCUGCUCAAGCUCGCCUUCGCAAUAUUGUGGAAGAGAGAGACCAAUUUGAUGAAGCAAACAAUCAAAUUGUUGUGCACUUAAAAACUAAGGAAGAUGAGCUGUCAAAAACCAUCACAUCAUGUAAGGUUGAAGCUGAGGUUCUCAGUACGUGGAUUAAUUUUCUGGAAGAUACUUGGGUUCUCCAAUGUUCAUAUGCAGAAGUGAGGUAGAAGCAGGUCAGGUAUGGACUUCAGAUUCUCUCUCUCUGUCAAUUAGGUUCUUUGUGUUCUUUUGUUCCCAACUUGAGGGUUUAUUAGCAGAAUUAAAAAGUGCGAUAUUGCUAUCUUAUCGCAUAUAUCCAUCUUUACAUGGGAUAUUUUUGGUUUUCGACUGUUACUCAUAGUGAUGAAUUGGAGAGACACGAGGACUAUUUUGUGAACUUGGCUGUUCAGCUCCUUUCCACUUACAAGGUACUCUAUAUGUUGUGAUUUUCUAA